CUGGUUCAGAAAUAAAUUGUCCUCUCCCUUUCUGCUUUUCUCACUCAGAGGAGGCAUCAGUUCAGGCCUCGCGAAUCUCCGUGCGCUCUCUCUGACCUCUCCUUUUGACUACCAAUUAGUUGAGGUAAAGAUGGGAAGUUCAGAUUCUGAGGUAGACACUGAUGUCAGUGAAUCUGAAGAUGAAGAGUAUGAGAGAGCGUACGAUGAAAUGGAUGUGGAUAAAGCUUAUCAAGAAUUGAAUGUGGAGAAGGCGUAUGAGAAACUGAAGAGUGGUAAGCUCCAGGUUAAAUUAUCAGAACAAGCUUAUCGUUGCCCCUUCUGUACUACAAAGAAAAAGAAGAAUUUCCAGUUCAAGGACCUUUUGCAGCAUGCAAGUUCGAUAGGUAGUUGUAAAUCAAAGAAAAGAACUUCGCAGGACAAGGGGAAUCACCUUGCUCUGGCGAAGUUCUUGGAAAAUGAGAUAGCUGUUGAUGCUGGACCUUCCCAGCCUUCUGCUGAGGUAGAUGCCCUUGCGGAUCAGGACCUUGAUGAGAUGUUUGUUUGGCCAUGGAUUGGUGUUGUUGUGAACAUUCCUACUGACUUCAAGGACGGUCGUUAUGUUGGGGAAAGUGGUAGUAAAUUGAGGGAUCAAUUAGCGAGAAGGGGGUUUAAUCCAAUUAGAGUGCGGCCUCUGUGGAAUUAUCAAGGUCAUUCUGGAACAGCUAUCGUUGAGUUUCAUAAGAAUUGGCCUGGUUUUAACAAUGCCAUGUCUUUUGAGAAAGCUUAUGAGGCAAAUCAUCAUGGUAAGUCGAACUGGUUGGCAAAGAAUGGCAAGAAGUCGGAUCUCUAUGCAUGGGUUGCUCGAUCAGAUGACUAUAAUUCUACUUCAAUUCUUGGAGAACACCUCCGUAAAAUAGGAGAUCUGCGGACCUUGUCGGAUAUCAUGGAAGAGGAAGAUCGAAAGACUAACAAGCUUGUGGGUAAUCUAACAACUGUGAUUGAGGCAAAGAACACCCACUUGCAAGAGAUGGAGAAUAAAUUCAUAGAGACUGAAAACUCUUUACGGCAGUUGAUCACGGAGAAGGAUAAUCUUCAUCAGUCUUACAAUGAAGAGAUAAGAAAGAUCCAUUCAAGUGCCCAAGAACAUUUAAAGAAGAUAUCCAAGGACCAUGAGAGGCUGAAAGCGCAACUGGAAGAUCAAAGAAAGUCUCUUGAGGCACGUGGACAGGAACUGAGUAAGAGAGAGACGCUCAACGAAAGUGAAAGUAAAAAACUUGCUGAAGAGCUCGAAGAGAAUGCAGUGAAAAAUGUUUCCCUUAAAGCCGCUUCAGAGGAACAAAGAAAAGCUGAUGAGAAAGUAAUGAAAUUGGCUGAAGAACAGAAGAAAGAAAAGGAACAACUCCAUAAAAAAAUCAUCGACCUGGAGAAAGACAUGGAUAAAAAACAAGCAUUGGAGCUUGAAAUAGAGCAGUUGCGAGGUAACUUGAACGUAAUGAAGCACAUGGAAGAUGAGGGUGAUAACGAAGUGUUAGAAAAAAUUGAUACGCUGCUCAAGGCACUGAGGGAGAAGGAAGGAGAGCAUAAAGAUUUGCUAAACUUAAACCUAAGUUUAAUGGUUCAGGAGCGCAGGACAAACGAGGAGCUACAGGAAGCUCGGAAAGAAAUGAUUAAUGUUUUGAAAGAAUUGCAAACAAAUGGUCCUGUCGGUCUCAGACGAAUGGGCGAACUUGAUUCCCGACCCUUUCAUGAAGCAAUGAAAAGGAAGUAUACUGAAGCUGAAGCAGACGAAAGGGCCUCGGAGUUGGUCUCCCUGUGGGAAGAGUACCUUAGAGAUCCUGAAUGGCAUCCUCUAAAAGUGGUUACCUUUGGCGAGGAAGCUCAGCGCGUAAUAGACGAAAGCGACGAGAAACUAAGAGACCUGAAGGAGAACUACGGCGUGGAAGUGUACAAUGCAGUGACGAAAGCCCUGGUCGAGAUAAAUGAAUACAACCCGAGCGGAUCUUACGUGACUACCGAACUAUGGAACGAGCGGGACGACAGGAGAGCCUCCCUUAAGGAAGGAGUCGAGGUUCUGCUCAAGCAGUGGACGACCCUCAAGCGGAAGAGGGGAAUGGAGUGACGACUCGACUGGAAUUUGGAAUCAGAAUCGGGACCGGAAAUCACUCUGGUUGGUGUACUAAUAGCCUUUGUUGUUUCAGUUUUAAGGAUCGAAUAAAUAGGUGUGAAUUGAUGGUGGUGACGAUCAGCUCCAUUUUAGACUCAUUUGAAAUUCGGUUACAAACUUCCUUCUUCAUUUAUUUUUGGAAAAUUUGUUCCUAGUCUGUGGUUUCAAAAUUCA